AUGCGAAUCAUAGAGUAUGCAUAUGGCGCUCCCGACAUGCGGGAGUCAACGAAACAUACUGCCACACCCGAGGAAAGCAGGAGUGCAUCAAGCUCUACAGUGGAAGAAGACCGUGGCGACAUUACACUUCCACUUCAUCACCACCAUGAGGCGAAACCAACGCAAAGAUUAGGCGCGCAUACCUUUGAUCCUUCUGUGCCGGUAUCAUGGACGACUACUACUACUACCCCCAUCAAAAGUGUUGCGUCCAGAGUGGAAACAUAUCAAACUACACCUUCCACAACAGCAUCACUCGACGAUGACGACUAUUUGGACGACUCUUCUUAUGUGUUGCCUCCUACUUCACGGUACACGACGGAUCAAUUGAAUGAUAAUGACCACGAAGUUCGUUUGGCAAUCAAUUUUUUAAAUCUGCAACCACAUUUGUUGCCUCCAGAUACACAACUGCAAAAGAGCAAAGCCGAAGUCAUCCUUCAAACAUUUACUCCGAAACUUGUAUUGGAAGUCAUGGGAGGAGCUGGUGCGGUGUGGGGAUUCACUGAGGCCAUUGGGUUGCGGACCUCCGCGACGGUAUGGUUUUGGAGACCCGUCACCUUUAUUGCAGGCGGCCUCUUUUUCAUACGAUGGUACCAACAACUGCAAGAAUUUAGUAGGCUCUAUGAUCUUCGUCGAGCUAGACGGAGAUCUGCUGUGGAAGGUGAAACGGCACACCUCUUGUGGCAAGAUAAUGUCUGA